AUGUCCUCCCGCGGCGUCCCAGAAGUCCUCUUCAAGAAAGUAGACGAAUAUGUCGACUCACUCGCGCCUCAGAUCCAGCCCCGCAUCACCUCCGAGCUCGAGACCUUUCAGCAAAAGACCAUCGACAGCCUCGAAGAUAAAGUCGUCGACGCUUUCCGAUCGCUCUUUAACAAAGAUAAAGAUUCCUCGUCACGAAGUCCGUUCGAUCUUAAGGAUGAUGCGCCUGAUGCCUACGGAGGACAGAGUCUGCCGUUCGCGGACGAGUUGGCGAGCUUGACGAGGAGUUUUACAAAGAUUACUGAUGAAGCGGGGGAUGAUCUACGGGAUAUCUUCGAUAUUACGGAGGGGAGAGGUGGGCAGAGUGAUACACGAUCGAGGGGAGGGGAGACGUCGCGGGGUGGAGGUGGUGCGAAGGGGUUCUUGUCUGCUGCUUUCGACGCGGUGCAGGACCAUCUUGAGAACAAUAACGGUAGGGGAGGAGGAGGUCAAGGCUUUGAACUUGACGGUCUGCUAGGUGUGAUCAGCAACACGGUUAAAGACGCCGCACGCAACCCAGAAGAAAAGGCGCGGAUGAUCAGUCCCGAGAUCAAAGAACAAGUCGGCGCCAAACUCCGCGAACAGCAUGCCCCAAUCGCAGAGCAAUUCACGCGCAUUGCUCUCGACCACAUCAAGCGCUGGCUACGAGGAAACACAAGCACGAAGGAUCUAGGCGAUGGUGUCAAGGGCGAGAUUGAAGAUCAGGUCAAGGAUCUCGUCAAGGGAAUUGGGGGACUGUUUGGAAGCAAAAAGUCCAACGAGGGUGAGGCGAGAGGCUUCGGCGAUGGAGAUCGUGAUGGCGAACGCGCUGAUGGCGAGAGCGGCGGUUUCUCAAAAGUCAUAAGCGAUAAACUCAGCACAGGCAUCGCAAGAGUCCACAGAGAAGUGCGUCUCGAAUUCCGCAAGAUUCUCGGCGGUAUUGAAAAGCAGCUCUUCGAAUUACUGCCCGAUCAAUUCCAACGUCCCCUCGAGAAAAUCCUCGGUGGAAAUCCCUUCGAUACACAGCUCGACCGCGACGCGGGACCAGGUCACUCGGCGGAUAGAGGGUUUGGGGACGAUAUCAAGGCGAAGCUGGUGAACAAGAUUAGAGGGCUGGUGAGGAAGGUCCAGGAGACGCUGAGGGAGAGUAUUCUGGGCGUUGUUAACGGUGGGCAUAGGAAGUUUGAGAGGCAGAGCUGGGUGUUUGUGCAGAAUAUGGUGGAGAUGAAGGUGCAGAAGUAUCUGCCCAAAGUUAAGAUCUCGGUGCCGGAUGAUAUUGGGAAUGAGGGUGUUAGUGUUGGGGCGCCGGCUCAAGCGAAUCUUGGUGGCUCGAAUGCGCCUGUGCCGGCUUCACAAGGAGAACAUUCGUCAGGACAGGGAGGAUACGAGCGGCCGUCGGAGCAGCACGGAGGGGGUUAUCAACAGCCGUAUAAUCCUCCUUCGCAGUUUGGGGAUAAUCGACCUGAUCACCAGAGCCAGGACUACAGACCACAACAGAGUCACGAUUACAGACCUCCUCAGGGACAGGACUACAGGCCCUCUCAAGGGCAGGACUAUAGACCACAGCAGAGCCAAGACUACAGACCUCAAGGUCACGACGAGUACCGGCCUCAAGGACAACAGGGCGAUUACCGACCACAGCACCAGUCUCAGCAGGAUUACAGACCUCAGCAACAGGAUAACUACCGACCCCAGGAUGAGUAUAGACCUCAGCAACAGCAAUCGCACCAAGAGUACCGCCCCGACCAGUACCCUCCGCCGCCACAGCAUCAGUCAAGCCACUCUGGGGGAUACCAGCAGAACGAGGGUUAUCAGAAUCAAGGUUACCAGCAAGAUCAAGGCUACCAACAGAACCAAGGAUACGGACAAGGCCAGGGCUAUGGAAGCAAUCCUCGCUACUAA